AUUGAAUUGAAAUAAUCAAGUUUCGUGAUUAUUAUUUAAUCAAAAAAUGUGCUGUUUGAAUUGCAUAUAAAAAAGUAUAUUAUUUAGAUAGACUUCUAAUUGUUUGGUGGAAGAAAUUUGUAAGCAACAUGCUUACGCCUACAGCUAUUAUUUGUGCUUUUAUGGUCAUCUCAGUUUGUGCUCUUACUGAUAGAACACCUCCUCUUCGAGAAAAAAAGCGAGAUAAUCAGUAUUUGGAUAAUCUUCUUGGUAAUAAGGAUGCGGUAAUGAACUUUUUGGAUCAACAAGAUCCACCUAAAAAAAAUGAUGAACAUGAACAGAAGGAUAAUAAAAAGCAGCAAUACCAAAGUUAUAUGAAGCAGCAGGACCCGCCUGAAGAACAAUCUGGAUAUAUAGAUCAAUUUAAUCAAAAGUGGGACCAAUUAGUAAAAAAGUAUGGAUAUCAGCAGCUAAGUUAUAUUAAACAGUCCGAAGAUGAGUUACCAAGUUAUCUGAAGCGAAAAUAUUCACGAUCCCAGCCACACUCUUCACAUGAAAUUGCAUCUGGCUUUCGGCAUAUUUAUAAUCCAUGUAAAGAGAAUCUCUUCUAUCACUAUUGGACGCAUAAUAAUGAUCAAAAUCCAUGUUUUAGAAAAGUACGAUACAACCUAAAGCCUCAUUUUAUCCCAUUAUUAAAAGAUGAAAAACUACAAAGUUUACUAAGUUCGAAUCGAAAUCAGCGUGAUGAAAUUCAACAGAGCCCUCAGCAGAACCCUCUCAUCUAGUCGUUCUUUGCGUUAAUUUAAUUAAUGAAAAUAUGCAAAUUGUGGCACGAACCAUGAAUUAUGUCAAUAGAUGUGUAAAUAAAAAUAGAGCUUCCAAUA